AUGAACUGUGUCAUUGAGGGAAACUGUGUCAAAGCUUUUGGGAAGGCUGUUCAUGCCCUGUCACGAAUUGGAGAUGCCCUGUGGCUGGAUCCCACGGUGAAAGGGCUGGCAGUGAGGUCAGUGAAUUCAGCUCAUUCUGCCUAUGCCUGCUUCCUCUUCUCCCCGCUGUUCUUUGAGCGCUACAGCCUCGGAUCAGGACCACAGCAGGAUGGUGGAACAGUCAAAUGCAAACUAGUCAUGAAGUCUGUGAUGCCACUUUUUCGAUGCUUGGCUUCCAUUGAGCGUAAUGUGGACCGAUGUCAGAUAUCAGUCAACACCUCUGAUGACCGAGUGGUAUUCCAGUUUUUCUGCAGGCACGGCAUCACUAAAACCUACAACCUGCAUUACCAGGAGAGUGAGGCUCUGCAGGCGGUGUUUAACUCACACCUCUGUCCCAAUGUGCUGAAGGCUCAGGCCAGGCUUCUUAGUGACAUGGUGAUGCAUUUCCCCGUCACCCAGGAGGAGGUCACUCUGUCCAUGACUCCUCUGAGGGUCAAUUUGAGAAAUUACCACCAGGACGGAAACGAGCACCUGAGGAUGGUGUACACCGAGAUGUCCUUACACCCAGAUGAGUUCGACCACUUCCAGGUUGGGGUGGACUCCGACAUAACCUUCUGUCUGAAGGAGCUGAGGGGUUUAGUGUCCUUUGCAGAGUCACAUGGCCUGCCGGUGUCUGUCCACUUCAGUGCCGCAGGAAAGCCUGUGUGCUUCACUGUGGAGGACAUGGUCCUGGAGGCCAGUGUGAUGCUGGCUACUCUCACUGACUCUGAGAGCGGCGGCCCCUCUCAAGCCGCAGAGGCCCAGGCCCCCACGACACCCAGGUGUGGAUAUGCCACUGGCAUCCUGGAAGGUGCAGGUGCAUCAGAUAGCAGAAACCUCAAGGACCUUUGUGCUAUGACUGAGUUGGUAGCAUCCAGCCAGGGCAGCCCUAUAGCCAACCCUGCAGCCCCGAUGACCCACCUGAUGGAGGCUGAGAACCUGGACAGACUCAUGUUACCUCACAGGGAUUGUGCCAGUACCAUCACAAGUCCUGCGUCCUCCGAGAUUUGCUCCCUCCUGUUCAGAGCCUUGUCCUCAGAGCAGGGUGAGGAUGGCUGUGCCUCCACACUCCUUGUCCUGGCAUGUUCCAGUGAUGCAGAAGAGGAGAUUGAGGAAGACAUUACAAGAAGCCCUUCUCUCUAAGUACAGAGCCUUUAGACACUGUUCAUUUCAUUGAAGAGU